ACGCACUAGGAUAGAGGCAGCAUGCUUGUGUCAUGUGUUCGUGUGGGAUCUUCUGCUCUCGGUGGAUCGCUGCGUGUGCGUCCGGUCAUCAGGAGAUCCAGCAGCAGUGCAGGAGGACCGCGACGCUUUCAGGACAUCCCUCACACCGGCUCCAACGGUUGGAUCAACCUCCUGAGAUUCUGGAAAGAUGGAAGAUUCAGUCAGCUCCACAAACACAUGGAGAACACUUUCAGACAAGUCGGACCCAUUUACAGAGAAUAUCUGGGCUCUCAGAGCAGUGUUAACAUCAUGAUGCCUGUAGACAUCGGGGAGUUGUUUCGUUCGGAGGGUUUGCACCCGCGCCGCAUGACUCUACAGCCGUGGGCCACACACAGAGAGACACGCAAACACAGCAAAGGCAUCUUUCUCAAGAACGGAACGGAGUGGCGCUCUGACCGUCUGCUGUUGAACAGAGAAGUGAUGGUCGGUUCAGCCGUGCGCCGCUUUCUGCCGCUUCUGGAUGAUGUGGCUCAGGAUUUCUGUCAUUCUCUGAGACAGCGGCUGGAGACCAAAGGUGUGAGGGAGACCGGACAGCGCAGUUUGACCCUUGACCCCAGUCCUGACCUCUUCCGCUUUGCUCUGGAAGCGAGUUGUCAUGUUCUGUACGGUGAGCGGAUCGGCCUGUUCUCCUCCAAACCAUCUGAAGAGUCCGAGCGCUUCAUCUGGGCCGUCGAGCGCAUGCUGGCCACGACCCCCCCGCUCCUCUACCUGCCCCCCCGCCUGCUGCUGCGUCUGCAUGCGCCCCUGUGGACUCAACACGCCACCGCGUGGGAUCAUAUAUUCAGUCACGCGGAGACUCGCAUUCAGAGGGGCUUCCAGCGUCUUCAGAGUCGCGCCGUAGGUCCGACGGGAGGAUCUGACGAGCGCUUUCAGGGUGUGCUGGGUCAGUUAAUAGAGGCGGGGCAGUUAUCAGUGGAGCUUAUCAGAGCAAACAUCACAGAACUGAUGGCCGGCGGGGUUGAUACCACCGCUGUCCCGCUGCAGUUUGCUCUCUUCGAGCUGGCGCGCAACCCUGACGUACAGGAGCGUGUUCGCACACAGGCGCUGUCGUCAUGGAAACAGGCGGCAGGGGAUCCACAGAAGGCCCUUCAGGGGGCGCCACUGCUGAAAGGAACGGUGAAGGAGACGCUGAGACUCUAUCCGGUGGGCAUCACAGUUCAGAGAUAUCCUGUGAAAGACAUCAUCCUCCAGAACUAUCAUGUACCAGCGGGGACGUUGGUUCAGGUGUGUCUGUAUCCUCUGGGACGGAGUCACGAGGUCUUUGAGAGUCCUCAGCGCUUUGACCCCGCCCGCUGGGGAGGAGCUGACCGAGGGCGGGACACUGAGAAUGUGACCUUGAAGACGGGUUCAGGCGGGGGCUUCCGCUCAUUGGCGUUUGGCUUCGGCUCAAGACAGUGUGUGGGCCGCAGAAUUGCAGAGAACGAGAUGCAGCUGCUGUUGCUACAUAUCCUGAGAAACUUCAGACUGAGUGUUUCAUCUACAGAAGAAUUAAACACUAAAUACACACUAAUACUGCAGCCAGAAUCUCCACCCAGAAUCACUUUCAGCACUCUGUGUGAGCGUGUGAACAUGUAAACAUCUGUGUCACCGUCACAAACUUAAUGUUAUUCAA